UUCUUCCUUCUUCUUUUGAUUUUCAGGAAAACUAUUUUCCUGAAGAGAGAGAGAGAGUAGGAAAUGGUGAAAUUCUCGAAGGAGCUGGAAGCUCGGCUGAUUCCAGAAUGGAAAGAAGCGUUCGUGAAUUACUGGCAGUUGAAGAAGAACAUCAAGAGGAUCAAGAUCCAUCGCACGAAUCCCGAACUCGAAGUGAAUCGAGACUUCGGAUUCUCGAUUUUCGAUCCCAUCCGAUAUAUUGGAAGGAAGAUCGCCGGAAGAUUUUCCGGUGGCAGUGGAGAGGAACACGAGACUAUUCAGGUAAAGAAUCGGGGAGGAGACGAGGAAGAUCUCUACCAAACCGAUCUCGUGCAGCUAGUUUCAGAAGCAGACGAGAUAAAGGAGUUUUUCGAGAGAUUAGACGAGGAGCUGAACAAAGUAAAUCAUUUCUACAAAACGAAGGAAAGCGAAAUUCUCGAGAAAGGAGAAACUCUCAAUAAACAGCUACAACUUCUCGUCGACUCGAAGCAGGUUCUACACGACCGUCGCCGGAAAAGUUUCUCCGGGAGAUCUGACAGCGGGUCGUUCCCACGCUCCAACUCCUCCUCCCUCAGAGGAUCCGAAUACUCCGAGAGCGCUGGGGAAUCGGCCGAGCCACCUUCGGAGAGCUCGCCGACAGACAGUGCGAUCGCAGCGCUGGAAAGAAAUGGCGUAAAUUACAUCGGUUUCCCCCGAUCGAAGACAAAGAAAGGGAAGCCAAAGAUGGCCAUGAGGAUCGACAUCCCAGCCACCACACCGACCCGGACGAUCUCGGCCGUCACCUCAAUGCUGUGGGAAGAUCUAGUGAACGAUCCCAAAAAAGAAAAUCCAGGGGAUUUUAUUAAUAGGAGGAAGAUCCAGUGUGCUGAAAAGAUGAUUAGAGGAGCUUUCGUGGAGCUCUACAGAGGGCUUGGCCUAUUGAAAACUUACAGCUCAUUGAAUAUGGUGGCUUUUACAAAGAUACUUAAGAAGUUUGACAAGGUAUCAAACCGACAAGCUUCUGGAACGUAUCUAAAAGCAGUGAAGAGAUCGCAUUUCAUAAGUUCCGAUAAGGUGGUUAGGCUCUCUGACGAAGUGGAGUCCAUAUUCACAAAGCACUUUGCUAACAACGACAGGAAAAGGGCAAUGCAGUACUUGAGACCACAAAAGCACAAAGAUUCCCACAUGAUCACCUUUCUAGUCGGUCUAUUCACGGGUUGCUUUGUAACGCUAUUCAGCAUAUAUGCCAUACUGGCCCACUUAAAUGGCAUGUUUUCCGCUACAACCGAAGUAGGUUAUAUGGAAGCCGUUUACCCCGUUUUCAGCAUGUUUGCUCUGCUUAGCUUGCAUGUGUUUUUGUAUGGGUGCAACCUUUUCAUGUGGAGGAGCACUAGAAUCAACUACAACUUCAUCUUUGAGUUCUCUCCAAGCACAGCCCUCAGAUACAGGGAUGCCUUUCUCAUCUGCACCUCAUUCAUGACCAUGGUUGUGGGGGCCGUGGUCAUUCACCUCCUAUUAAGAUCCAAUGGGUUCUCGCCAAGUCAUGUUGACACCAUCCCUGGGAUCCUCUUCCUGUUGAUUGCAGGCUUGCUAAUUUGCCCUUUCAAUGUUUUCUACCGCUCGACCCGCUAUUGCUUCUUGCGGGUCAUACGCAACAUCAUUUGCUCACCAUUUUACAAGGUAUUGAUGGUAGACUUUUUCAUGGCUGACCAGCUAACUAGCCAGAUUCCAUUGCUGAGGCACAUGGAGUUUACAUCCUGCUAUUUUAUGGCAGGGGGCUUCAAAACACACCAAACCCAGACCUGUACCAGUAGCAAACUAUACAAGGAGCUCGCCUAUGUCAUCUCCUUCAUGCCUUACUACUGGCGCGCUAUGCAGUGUGCAAGGAGAUGGUUCGACGAUGGCGACAUCGACCACGUGGCUAACUUGGGCAAGUACGUUUCGGCCAUGCUGGCUGCAGGCGCCAGGCUGACAUACGCCAUGCAACCCACCCCACUAUGGCUAGCCAUGGUCAUUGUCACUUCCUCAAUAGCCACUGUCUAUCAAUUGUAUUGGGAUUUUGUUAAGGACUGGGGUCUUCUUAAACCAAAAUCAAAGAACCCAUGGCUUAGGGAUGAACUGAUUCUAAAGAACAAAAGCAUAUACUAUGUAUCUAUUGCUUUUAACUUCGUCCUGAGACUUGCUUGGGUCGAAACCGUGAUGCACAUCAACAUUGGAAGGGUAAACAAUUGGCUACUUGAUUUUUUCUUGGCGUCAUUGGAGAUAAUACGUCGUGGCCAUUGGAAUUUUUACAGGUUGGAGAACGAGCACCUGAACAAUGUAGGCAUGUUCAGGGCAGAGAAGACGGUGCCAUUGCCGUUCCGUGAGAUGGAAUUAGACGACUGAAAACCACUGCCUCUAACAGUACAGCUAGAGGUUUCUUCUCUAAAAAUCAUUGCCUCUAACAGUACAGCUAGAGGUUCUUCUCUAACUUCGGAUGUAAAGACGGAUGUGAGCAUGA